AUGGCCUCUCCGGCCACUGGACAACCGCCUAUUAUGGCUGUCCAGGCUAACACAACAAUACCUACACAACCAAAUCACCUUUUACCAAACCAAACGUAUGCAACAACCCUAAAUCCUACUAUUUCUACUACUACGUACAACCUUACUUUACCCAUGAAAAAUAUUACAUAUUUGCAUGGAGAGCCCAUGGUCGUAUGGGAGGAAAAGGAGAUUGAUCACAUGAUUAUUAAAGAAAAAUUACAAUAUGCAGUCAUGGGGAAAUUCUCAUAUGGUUGGCCUGACGUGAAAGAAUUGAAAACAUUAAUUCCAAAGCAAUGUGGAUUGAAAGGAGAAGCUAUUAUCGGAUUGUUGAGCAAUAGAUAUGUCCUAAUACGUGCUUCUUCUUUGGAAGAUUAUGUGACAUUAUUGUCUAAGCCUGCAUAUUACAUUAUGCAUAAAAAUUGGUCAUAUCCCAUGCGCACCUUCAAAUGGGAUCCAUGGUUUGAUCCAGAGGAGGAAAUGAAGAUAGCAAUUGCAUGGAUAUCAUACCCAUCAUUACCUCCUAAUUAUUUUAUGAAAGAAGCAAUUUUUUCACUUGCCUCUACAGUUGGAAAGCCAUUACAAGUUGAUAUGGCCACAGCCAAUAAAACCAGGCCAAGCUGUGCGAGAGUGAAGGUAGAGGUUGACUUGCUUGGAGAAUUUCCAAAGAGAAUCAAUAUAAGAAUGAAGAAGAAGAGUACUGGGGAGAUUGUGGAUAAAUGGAUAAAGAUUAACUAUGAUUAUGUUCCUAAGUACUGCAAAAACUACAAAGUUCAAGGACAUAAUGAACAAGACUGCUAUGUCAUACAUCCAGAAUUGUAUCCCAAGGAAGAAGAACAAUGCUCAGACAAAGAACAGGAGGUCAACAAUAAGGCAGAUCAAAGGAAGAAUAACGAGAAAAAGAACACAAAGAAUAGCAGACUUGACAUUAAGGAGUACAAAGGGACCAAUCUUGGCAUAAUGAAAAGAAAAGAAAUAGCAGACAAGGUGCAGUCUGCAGAUGGCAAUGAUGAUGAUGGAUUCAAGGAGAAGAAAGGAAAACAAAGGAAUAACAGGCACUUUCAUAGAAGCAAAUAUGAUGAAAAUGCUUGGAAACCAAAGGAGAAUCAAACUCUGCAGAACAAUCAAUAUGCAGCAUUGCAGAACACAGAUGAGGAGAUAAUAGAUGUGACUGAUGUGCAGAAAUCCUCAGAUGUAGAAGCAAAGAUUCCUGAUGCUUCAGACCAAAUCAUUACAAUGCAGCAAAUUGUAGACAAUAAUGACAAAGUCAAUGAAAAGCAGAUGGAAGAAGCAAAGGAAAAACAGAUAGAUGAAUUAAAAAAGGUGGAGAAAAUAUCAGCAAAGGAAUGGAUUGAGAAGAAUUUUGGUAAACAACUCAAUGAUAAGGGGGAGAUUAUAUCUCAGCUGGUAUCUAAGGUGUCUUCAGGUACAAUUAGUCAAGAAACGGAACAUGAUGUGCUGCAGGAGCAAGAAAGGGAACAUGAGGUGCUGCAGGGAGAUGUGUCACAAGAAUAUAGUGACAUCUUAAUCAACAAAAACAUGAAGGAACAAAACAAGUGUGGUGAUGUGCUGCAAGAGGAUAAUAAUCAUGAAGGGACUCCACUAUAG